UCUCUCGUCACCGUUUGAGAAGUCGUGUAAGAAAUUUGUCAGUGUUUUCCAAGCGCGCAAAUUAAAGGCACUGGCGCUCUUGUUUGUUUGGAUUUAUUUGAAAUUCUUUGUAAAUAAGAGACCAGAAGGAGCCGCGCGUAACGGUCGAUAUUUGAAAAGCCACAGGUUUUUAGAAGGCUAAGCAGAUGAGAUAAGGGCUGAUAGAGCAGUGUGUAAAUUAUAAUAAUAAUCAUAGAGUGAUCAUGGUGCUGAGUGAGAGCGACGCGGGGAAGAGUCUGACUGCGGCGGCGGCGAGAGGAGACACGGCGGAGGUGAGGAGGCUGCUGGAGGAGAACCGGGUUCACCCCGACACCAGCAACGAGUUCGGCAAAACUGCCUUACAGGUAAUGAUGAUGGGUAACCCCAACGUUGCUUGCCUGCUUUUGGAGAACGGUGCUGACCCGAACAUCCAGGACCGCUUCGGGAUCACACCGGCCCACGACGCAGCCCGGACAGGCUUUUUGGACACGCUGUGUGUCCUGGUUGACUACGGUGCCUCGGUCAACAUUCCCGAUCAGUCUGGUGCUCUGCCCAUCCACAUUGCCAUCCGAGAGGGCUACAGAGACGUGGUGGAGUUCCUGGCACCGCGUUCGAACCUCGGCCACCAGGACACGCGAGGGGACACGGCGCUGGACAUCGCCAAGGCCUCGUGCACGCCGGACUUGGUGGAGCUGUUGAAACGGCAGCUGGAAUCCUCCCUGGCUUUCCAAUCCUAGAAAAUUCCACGUUGAGUUGCGAAUUCUAAGCAGCUCUAAAGUGGUAGAAGUCCACAAAGACCUUUUUCUCAUGUAUAGGAUUAGGUUACAUUACUACGGUACUAUGUUUAUUUUAGUUUAUUUCGUCGUUCAGUUAUACAGUUAAUACUAGAUGAAGAAUGUAGCAGCAGUUUUGCACAGAGCAAAGAAUUGUUAUCGGAAACAAGGAUCGCGUUCCGUUCACCAUCGAGUCGGGAGUUUGCCAUGCACAAUUGUAGAACAGCUCUUUUUUCAUUCUUUUACAACCGAAGUUACAUUUACUGCACGGGUCUGUGUAGAAAACUUGAAUUGUUCAUUUUCUAAAAAGAAAUCUCGUGAAAUUACUGUUGCCUUUCUCACUUGGUGAGACUGUGCAGCAUGCACUGAUGAACUUGCAUGAUCAUUUGCUUAGUUUGUAUUUGUUUGUGUGUGUAAAACACAAUUUAGCGUUUUUUUUUUUUUUGGUUGUUGUUUUUAAAUGUGUACAUAGCAUUUUAUGAAAAUAUCAACUUAUUUAUUGACAGAUUGUAAAUAGAUUUAUGUUUAUUGUGGGAUUUCUGAUGUUAUUUAUAAAGGUACUUAUUGAUGCCCCUCUGCCCCGACCCUGAAGAUUUGUACUGAUGUAAUGGUGGUGUUAUUACAUGAAUUCUUUGAAACACAAUUAAAUUCUUAAAUUUAAAA